AUGGCAUCCCAGGUCCUGCUGCAGCUCCAGCCCUCCAACCAAAGCCAACUGUUCCUUCCCAACACCACCUUCUGUGACAAUGCUCUGGAAGCCUGGGACCUGCUGUACAGACUACUGCCAGCAUUCAUCAUCACCAUCUGUUUCUUCGGCCUCCUGGGAAAUGUUUUAGUCCUGUCCAUCUUCCUUCUGCCCCGGCGGCGACUGACCGUGGCAGAAAUCUACCUGGCCAAUCUGGCAGCUUCUGAUCUGGUGUUUGUCUUGGGUUUGCCCUUCUGGGCAAAGAAUGUCUGGAACCAGUUCAACUGGCCCUUUGGAGGCCUCCUCUGCCGUGUGGUCAAUGGAGUCAUCAAGGCCAAUCUGUUUAUCAGCAUCUUCCUGGUGGUGGCCAUCAGCCAGGACCGCUACAGGGCGCUGGUGUACCCCAUGGUGAGCCGGAGGUGGAGGCGGCGGCGGCAGGCCCAAGCCACCUGCAUGCUAAUUUGGGUGGUGGGGGGCCUCUUGAGCACCCCCACAUUCCUUCUGCGCUCCGUCAAUGCCAUCCCCGACCUGAACGUCUCUGCCUGCAUCCUGCUGUUCCCCCACGGGGCCUGGCACUUCGCAAGGAUUGUGGAGUUGAAUGUGCUGGGUUUCCUCCUCCCACUGGCUGCAAUCAUCUUCUUCAAUUAUCACAUCCUGGCCUCCCUGAGAGGGCGGGAGGAGGCCAGCAGGACCAGGUGUGGGGGCCCCAAGGGAAGCAAGACCACAGUGCUGAUCCUCAUGCUGGUGGCUGCCUUUCUGGUCUGCUGGGCCCCUUAUCACUUCUUUGCCUUCCUGGAAUUCCUGGUGCAGGUGCGAGCCAUCCAGGGCUGCUUCUGGGAGGAGUUUACUGAUCUGGGCCUACAGUUGACCAACUUCUUUGCUUUCUUCAACAGCUGCCUAAAUCCAGUGAUUUAUGUCUUUGUGGGCCGGCUCUUCAGGACCAAGGUCUGGGAACUUUAUAAAUGA